AUGCUGCUGAGCGGAGCGGCCGGCUCGGAGCGCGGCGGCUGCAGCGGCGGGGCGGGGGCCGGCGGGGCCCCGCAGUGCGUGGGCACCAUGGCCCGCUGGCUCCGCGAGCACCUGGGCUUCCGCAGCGCCCGGCCCGCGCCGCCCGCGCCGCCCAAGCCCGACUACCGCGCCGGGCCGCCGCCUCAGCCGCCCCUGCCGCCCGGGGGCGCGGCCGAGCCGCUGGCCGCCGCCCAGCCCGACAUCGUGGCGGCCUACCGGCUGCAGAAGGAGCGCGACUUCGAGGACCCCUACAGCGGCCCGCCGCCCGCCGCCGCCCCCGACGGGCCCCGCUACGUCUCGCCCAAGCACCGGCUCAUCAAGGUGGAGGCGGUGGAAAAGGUGCCCGCCAGCCCCUCGCCGCCGCCGCCGGUGCCGGCUGCCCCCAGCUCGCCCUCGGCCGGUCCCGAAGCGCCCGACGAGCCGCCACAGGAGCUGGCUGUUCUGGAGGACUAUGCAGAUCCCUUUGAUGCAGCACAGGUGGCAGGCAGCCAGGCAGGGCUGGAGAAGGUGAUGGAGAAUGAUGGAUAUAUGGAGCCCUAUGAAGCCCAGAAGAUGAUGGCUGAGAUUCGCCAGAAGGGCCUGCGGGAGGCGCCCGCGCGGCCGCUGCCCCUCUAUGACACCCCCUAUGAGCCUGUGCUGGACACGGACAGCGACUGCUCGGCCUGCCCCAGGCCCAGGGAGUCCCGGCUGCCUGAGGAUGAUGAGAGGCCACCAGAGGAAUAUGACCAGCCCUGGGAAUGGAAGAAGGAGAGGAUCUCCAAAGCCUUUGCAGUUGAAAUCAAGGUCAUUAAAGACCUGCCAUGGCCCCCGCCGGUGGGACAGCUGGACAGCAGUGAGAGCCCCCCGGAUGGGGAGCCCGGGGCCCCCCUCCCUGCGCAGCACAGCUACGAAGACGCCAAUGGUCCCUCGGAGGGGCUGGGGUAUGGCCGCACCUCGCCCUGCAGGGAGGAGAAGGCCAGGGCUGUCCUCAGGCACGGCUCCAGCAGCCUCAAGAACACAAAGACACUGACAGCUGAGCCUGGCCCCUUUGUUGGGGAGAGGAUCGACCCUGCCCUGCCCCUGGAGAGCCAGUGCUGGUACCACGGGGCCAUCAGCCGGACGGACGCGGAGACGCUGCUGCGGCUGUGCAAGGAGGCGAGUUACCUGGUGCGCAACAGCGAGACCAGCAAGAACGACUUCUCCCUGUCCCUCAAGAGCAGCCAGGGCUUCAUGCACAUGAAGCUGUCACGGACCCAGGAGAACAAGUACGUGCUGGGCCAGCACAGCCCGCCCUUCGACAGCGUGCCCGAGAUCAUCCAUCACUACGCCAGCCGCAAGCUGCCCAUCAAGGGGGCCGAGCACAUGUCCCUGCUGUACCCGGUGGCCAUCCGUACCCUAUAGGGAUCACCCCACGAGCCAGGCUCCAGGCUGGCUGCACCCAAACUGGCCCAUCCCCAGGGCUGAGCGCCGCCGUGCCCAGGAUGGGCUCCAGGCCCGUGGGCGGCUCGCUGGGCACAGCCGCUGCCGUCGGGGAUUGCUGCGGCCGGGCCCCUCGUCCUGCUCGCCCGGGGGCUCCCGUGCUCUGGUUUUGUGCUGGUGUGGCACUGGAAGGACCCCCUGUGCCAGGAGCUGAGUGGGGCUGUCCACACCUCCACACCUGCCUCCUUGGCAGAGCUUGGCAUGCCAGGACUGGAGUGGGACCUUGGAGAGUCCAGGGAGGGGGGCAGUGUGUGCGAGGACGGGGAUGAAUCAUCCGGUAGCAGGCUUGAGGUACCUCCGUGAGGGUGCCUGGCUCUGCCCAUGAGAGACAAAUGGCUGUGCUCGAGGUGAGGAGGCUGGCAGGGGUGAGCAGGACCUGCCUGGGGCCAGCGAGGCAUGCAGAGUGCCAGGCAGGCUGCCCUCAGUGCCCCCUGCUCAGUGCUCGCUGCCAUCCUGUGCCAAACGUGAACAGUGACCGGCCUUGGCCAUGUGUGCAGCACCACUGCCCAAUAAAGCGGUGCAUGGUUGUCUCCUG